AUUCAGAGAAUGUAGUAUUGGAAGAUACGACUGUAAUGACUUACACAGAAGAUAUAGAAUAUCAAGAAUUCAACAAAGUAUAUGAUGAAUAUGUUGAAAAACAUAAUAAAAUAAUUGCAAAACUAUUAGAACCAUCAGCUGAGCAUAAUUUAACAGAGCUUCCAAAAGUUGUUGUUGUUCAGCCUGGCAUGAGUUCAGGAUACGGAAAUCGUCUACCUUCAAUAGUUUGCGGUUUUAUAUAUUCAUUAAUUUCUGAUAGAUUAUUUUUUAUUAAUGGAUAUAAGAACUUUGAAAAUUAUUAUGAGAAAGAUUUCGAUCAUGACUGGGCAACUGUAGAAAAUUUAUAUAAAGAUAGUACUUUUAAAUAUAUACACGAUAAAGAAACGUAUAAUGAUUUUCCAUUAGUGACAAGAGGAAAUUUUAGUAGUAAAGAAAUAACUAAAUACGAAAUUUUAGGAGUCAGCACAUUGGAUUACCCAUGCGCGCCAAUAACGUCAAAUCCUUAUUAUAUGAAAUGGUUUAAUAAAGCGAUAUCCGAUUACAGAAUUUUUACUGCAGUUAGCUUAAAAUUAUUAAGGUUGCACCCAAAUAUUAGCAAACAAGUAGAAAAUUUUACAAGCAAUAAUUUUGGAGAUUAUAAUAUAGGAAUUCAUUUAAGAGAAAAUAAGCCACCUUCUG